AUGGGUGGUUGCCGGCCGUCGAAGAUGAGGAUGCCGGCCGAUUGUGUAUUUGUGUAUGUAACUUUGUGUGUAUGUGUGCGUCGGAGGAACACCGACGUCUGGUGGCUGUGCGGCGGCGAUGGGCGGUUCACCGGUAGGAGGUCGGAGAUGAGGAUGUCGGUCGAUUGUGCAUUUGUGUAUAAGUCGGCCGUGCUUAUAAUCGGACUUGGUAGGGAUAAUCGGAAGUCUGGACCCGAUGAUGAAGUCGGUUCGGCCUCAGAUGAAGUUGGCCGUAAAGUCACCGACCUCGAAUGGCUUUUGAAGUCGGUGAAAAGAACUGUCCGAGAUUCUCAUUAUAGAUGA